AUGAUUUAUUCUGACUGUCCAUUACUUGAACUAUGUGAUUGUAAUACAAAACCAAAUACAGUCAUAUGUAAUGGUAAUUCUGGUAAUAAUAGUGAUAAUACUUAUUUUCCAUCACUUGCAUUAUUACCAGCUGUUGAAGAAUAUACAUUUUUAAAUUUUAAACAACUUCAAGCUAAUGCUUUCGAAAAUUUAACAUUUCUUGCAAAUCAUUCAAUAUUAAUUCGUCUUAUAAAUAUAACAACUAUUAAUUCAGAUGCAUUUUCAACAAGUUUGAUUAUACCUACAAAUUCAACAUUAUCAAUUGAAAUUGGACAAUCAACGAAUUCUUCAAGUAUAACAUUAAAACCAAAUGCAUUCGAUCAUUUAAAAAUUAAUCAUUUACAUUUUACAAAUAUCAAUAAUUUUAAUGGACGUCCAAUUUUUGAUACAACAUGUUUUGGCGAAAAUUUACACAUCAAUCAAUUAACUAUUCAACAAUCUAGUAUAACUGGAUUUUCAAAUGGCAUUAAAAAACCUGCAUAUAUCAAACAAUUACAUAUUCGUGAAUGUCCAUUAUUUACACAAUUAACUGAUAAAAGUUUACCAACAUUUCUUUCAACAACUGAAUUAUUAGAAAUGUCAACAACAGGACUUCAACUUAUUAAUUCUCAUACAUUUCAAGCAUGGUCACUUCGACUCAAAGAAUUAAUAAUUCAAAAUAAUUUAAACUUUAAAAUAUUUUCAUCACAUAUGAUCGAUGGAGUCUUAAUGGAAUUACAUAAACUUGAUUUAAGUAAUAAUUCAAUUACUUCUAUUGAUAAUGAUUAUGAUUGGUUUGCAUAUAGUUAUACAAAACAUUUAAUAUUAAAACAAUUGCAACUUGAUUUAUUUCUUAAAACAAAUAUAUUAAAAACAUUACAAUCUUUGAAAAUAGUUGACUUUUCUGAAAGUUUUAUAAGUGAAAAUAAUGAUGAUUUAAUACGUGCGUAUGUCCCAGCUAUGCCAAAUCUUGUUUCAUUUAAUGUUUCACAUACAAAUUUAACUGAAAAUAUGAUUAUUGAUUUAUUAACACGUUUAAGUACGUCAGCAAAUCAAACUAUUGAAAUUAGUUUACUUGGUCAUACACUUAAUGAUAGUAAUUUUUGUUCAUAUUUUUCAAUAUUUCAAAAAUCACCAAAUCUACUUCAUCUUGAAUUAGAUGAAACACAUGAAUGUAAUUGUGUGGUGGAUUUAUUUUAUCAAGAUGAACAUAUACAAAUGACGAAAAAUGAUACAUUAAAACGACCUAAAUGUUUACUUGAUACACCUAGACGAAUACGUUGUAAUAUUCAAUCACAAUUGACAACUUCAAAAUGUUCUGUAGAUAAACCAAAUCCACUUGGACCAGGAACAGGUGGUCAAAAUAUUGGAGAUUAUGCAUUUACUGGUGUUAUGAUUGGACUCGGUGUUGUUUUAUUAAUUUUAUUAGGUCUUGGUACUGGUGUACUGUACCGUGUACGAAAAAAUCGACGUUUGACUAUUCUCGAUAUGGAAGAACCUAUUGAAAAUCCAUUGGCAGCCAUAAUUGAAGAACGCUUACAAAAAAAAUACUAA